UCGAGUUAGUUUCGUUUUCAGUUUGAGGGAAGAGGGGAAAUGAUGUGACUGCUAGGCCCAGCCGUCGGACCAGACGUAUUAAAGCCUUUGGGUUUGUUUUAGCUUUAAUAUAUCGAUAUAUUCGACGCUCUGUGUGUUUUUGUUUUGUUUGUAGCUUCGCUUCAUAUCUAGUUCCACGCGGUUCUGAUCGGCGUUAGACGCCCAGGUAGCGCUGCGUUGUGGUGUAGCUACAUUACACAGGCUAAUCCUCGAGCAGCUUUCGAGACAUAUCGGUCGUCGUAAUGUUGGGAGAAUCGUCCAUACAGCCCGAAUGGCUCUCCGAAGAGGUCAAAACCGGGACUACAAUCAUAGCAAUAGGGUAUGAAGGGGGGGUCGUUCUUGGCUCCGACUCACGCGUGUCUGCCGGGGCUUCAGUGGUGAAUCGGGUCAUGAACAAGCUCUCGCCACUCCAUGAUAAGAUCUACUGUGCUCUGUCUGGAUCUGCUGCUGAUGCUCAGACCAUUGCAGAAAUCGUCAACUAUCAACUUGACGUGCACAGUAUUGAGGUGGGAGAAGACCCCCUAGUUCGCUCAGCUGCUACGUUAGUGAAGAACAUCUCCUACAAGUACAAAGAGGAACUUUCUGCUCAUCUCAUUGUUGCAGGCUGGGACAGGAGAGCUGGCGGACAGGUCUAUGUGACACUGGAUGGCUUGCUGUCUAUGCAGCCAUUUGCCGUUGGUGGCUCAGGCAGUUCAUACAUCUAUGGAUUUGUAGAUGCAGAAUACCGGAAAGGCAUGACAAAGAAAGAAUCCCAGGAGUUUGUUGUGAACGCGCUAACUCUGGCUAUGGGCAGAGAUGGUUCUAGUGGAGGUGUUGCUUACCUUGUUACCAUUGACCAAGAGGGAGCUGUGGAGCGGUGCAUUCCAGGAAAUGAACUACCUACAUUUUUUGACCAGUGAAAAAAGAGGACUUUCAUAUGCACUAGAAAUAACAUUUGUAUUACCAAAUGUCAUAAUCCUAAUCCUAAAUAUAAAGUACAUACAUAUUGGCUAAACCCAAAAACUAAUGUCAGAUUCUAAGCAUUUCCAACAUUGACAAGAUGUGGCAUAUUUUUUCAAUGUUCAGAAAAUAAAUAAAAACAGUUUGAACAUA